AUGGGCAAUCGUCAACCGAGUUCCCAGGCUGAGGACCAGAACUCCCAGUCCAGCUUCUCAGGGUACCCCCUGGAGGUGACUGUCUAUGAAGAAAGCCCAGGACCGUCAGCCCCCUGGGCCGGUUGCAGCUCCCUGCCUCAGCGCCCCGAAUGUAACAGGAAGAGGUCAGUGGCGUUUAGAGUGGAGGUGGAGGGCGACACGGCCACUGAGGCUCAGGACACCUCUGUCGUGGAGUCGCUGAGUGGGCUCAAGAUGAAGCUGAAGUGACAGCGGGUGUCUUCAGUGCUGCCUGAGCACCACGAGGUCUUCAACAGGAUGCUCGAGGAUCCCAUCAGUAAGAAAUUCCUCGCCUGGGACAAAAACCUGGAAGUUUCUGACAAGUAUCUCCUGUCGAUGGUGAUAGCUUAUUUUAGCCGGGCCGGGCUCUUCUGGCAAUUCCAGAGAAUCCAUUUCUUCAUAGAUCUCUAUGUGGCCAGCGACAUGGAAGAGGACAACCAGGCCCCCAAACAGGCCAUCUUUUCGUUCCUCUAUGGAAAGAACCGCUCCCAGCAUCCCUUGUUCCACAAACUGCAUUCCCAGUUCAUCCGUUCCAUGGGCUGGAAGACAUGGGUCACUCGGGAAGAGUGAGAGUAGAUCCAGGCUUUUGAUCCAGAGCUCUGGGUGUGGGGAAGAGAUCGCGCCCUCUUGCCCCAGAGGCCCCAGGACCAUACAGGCCUUACGUCAUCGGCCUGCACAAAGAUCACAGAGCGCAGGAGAGAUGGGGAUGUUCAACACGAGGUCAAUCCAGACACUGAUAACAGCCGUGAGGAAGGAAGGGAGAAGCCUCUUGUGCAGAUCAUCGGGAAGAAGCCAGCAUCUUCUAGAAUGAGCUGA